AUGUCGAACACCGCUAAUCAUCGGAUCACUCUUAUCGGAUUAGGAACCAUAGGAAUGUCUAUGGCUGCUCUCCAUCUGUCCCGUGACAACACCAUAGUCGACGUCUUCGAUACGCGGCCUGACCUGGAGGAAGCUCUUCUCAAAACGCUCCCAAUCUUUCUAGUCAGCUCUAGCUCAAGGACCGAGUCACAGCCAAUCGAAGUGACUUCCCUAAUUUCGUCUGGCCGCCUUAACAUUCACUCAUCGCUGGAGACAGCAUGCGCAUCCGCGACCAUCGUCCAGGAACAGGGCCCAGAAAAUCUCGAAUUCAAGCAAACUAUCUGGAAAAAGGUUGAGGCUAUUGCACCGGUCUCGGCACAUUUCUGGACUAGUACCUCAGGCAUAUCGGCGAGUGCGCAGCAGCAACUAUUGCAUGACAAGACCCGUUUGCUCGUGGUUCAUCCGUUUAACCCGCCACAUAUCAUGCCAUUGAUCGAAAUUGUGCCAUCUCCCGAAACAGCCCAGGAGAGAGUGGAGUUUGCGCGCGAGUAUUUCUCCAUUCCCGGAUCUAGACAUCGUCCAGUGGUCAUCCAGAAAGAGAUACCAGGAUUCGUGGGAAAUCGACUGGCCUUUGCACUGCUGAGAGAAGCUUGCCAUUUGGUCCAAGAAGACGUUGUGACGGCUAAGGAUCUCGAUACUAUCCUCAUGGCCAGUUUGGGACCGAGAUGGGCCGGGAAUGGUAUUUUCGAGAGUUACCAACAAGGUGGGGGGGUCGGUGGCAUUCGUGCAUUUUGGGAUAAACUAGGAGGCACCAUGCAAGAGGUAUGGGAUGGCUUGGGCCAAGUGAGUGUGGCUGAAGUCAAAGAGAAAGUGGUUCGACAGACAGACGAAGUAUAUGGCACUUUGACAUCAGAAGAAACUCGUCGGGAGAAGGAAGAACGACUCCGUGAAUUCCUGAAGGUGCAGACACAGAGUUAUUGA